GAAACCACCUGUUCAUGCCUAUGGUAUUUGUAUUCUGUCUCCUAUCACCUCUCGUUCAAGCUCAAGAGAAUUCGGACGAUUAUACUGACUUGAGACAGCUCGAGAAGAACCUCGCGGUUUCAAAGCAGAGAAACAACAUUCAGUGGUUACCGAAUUACAACUGGAAACCGCCCGAGCAUUAUGGCCUGAGGAAAGAAUCGACGGAGAAAAAAGCAGAGAUGGAAUUUACAAAACCCGAGAAUCCGGAACAAAGGAUAGCGGAUCCAUGGAUAAAGAAAAUGCAAGAGAUAAGCCGACGGAAGAGAGAAAAAUGGGUACCAUACAAAAGAAACGAGAACGAAAAACUCGCCCUCGACAAUGUCGAAGAAACUACGAGAGCGAACAAACUUACGGACGAUGAAUCGAUCACGCAGCUUCAUCCUACUAUUCUGAUGACACUCGCACAAUCUUCAAUCAGUCAAGACAAUGCAAGCGCGAAAGAUCUCCACGAUUCGUCCUUGUUACAAUCUACCCGUACAAAUAUCGAUGGAUCAAAUAGAAUCGAUCCAGGGAACAUAGAGAAUCCGUCUACAGAAAUUAUUCAAAGGAGGCACGUUAUGCCUUACCAUUCACGAUAUAAGGACUACGAAAUAUCUGAAAUAAUAGAAGUUCUAACUGACUCAGAUACUACAACUGUAGCGAAUAACGCGAGAAGCGAACUUGAGGAGGAUCGCUCGCUCAUCUCCGAAAUAAAUUCGCAUUCUGAAGAAUCGAUCUCACAAGAAUCGAUCUCACAAGAAUCGAAAACUGACCAUAGUUCUGAUAAUACGCGUAGAAAUAUCAAGAAAUCUUCAAACAGCGAUGAAAAUUUAAAUUCUAAGAGUAAUUCUGAAAAAGCUCGUGUGAAGGAAUAUCCCGGACAACCCAAUUUCUCUCGAAAUGAUAAAGAGAAAAGCAGCAAGGGCAGUAAGAGGCAUGAUGAGAAGAUCGUAACGACGAAACCAUUGACGCGGAAGAGCAAGGAGAAGAGGGAUGAUGCGGGGGAGAAGAACAUGACAGGGAGACCGCUAAAUCAUGGAAGAUCGUCUAGUAGAUGGGGUAUGAGCAUUUUGUCGCCUCCUACGGAAUUUCUAGAGAAUAAAUUUCGACCGCUGCACCAGAAAAAUAAGGAGCAUACCAAAGGCAAGAAAGACAGAGGGCACGAUUUGGUUGGUCGAUCAGGCACGAGUGUCACCUCACUUGCGAAGGAAUUCCUCGAUGAUACCUUGAUGCAUCGAACAUAUGGAGCUAAAUCCUUGUCCGUGAAACCGGGUUCAAGACCGAGCCAAAUCAAAGGAUCUUCCCAUCAUCAAUCAUUAGCUAACCCAAGUCAUCAGAAUUCGCAAGCGGACUCAACGCAGCAAUUAAUGAUUGACAAUAAUAAGGAAUUAAUUGGGACUUUGUACGAAAAAAUUCCAACAAACAAUUUUUAUCCUUCUCGAUAUCUGAAGCUCAAUUGGAACAAUUAUAGACCAUGUAUUGAUCUUAACAAUCGCUUGCUUCUAAGAAAUCUAAAAUUUUUAACUCAAGCUUUGCAGUCGUAUAUUGAACAGAAUAUGUAG